CUCUCUCUAAUUUAUUUUUCCAAUCUUUUCAAAGAUGACUUUGUAACAGUUCUUCAAUGUAAAAAAAAUGAUGGCCAACAAUGGUGCUAUAUAUGCAACAGAAAACGCAAAUGUCUUCAGCUGUUUCUCCUCCUCCUCUUCUUCUUCUCCUUGUUCAAUGGGAAUGGUUUAUGCGGAUAUGGGCUCUCUUUCUCUGAGAUCCAACUAUGGAGUAUAUUCAUCAGUUUCUUCCCAGGACAACAGCUACAUCUCUAAGCUUUCUGAACCAGAAAAUGGGAGGGCUUUCUGGGGUUUUCCUUCUACCAGAAGUUAUGAGGAUCACCACAACAGCAGUGACAUGAAGGGCUCAGAAUAUACCAGCAGUGAUCAUGAUAAGAACCCUAAUGAGGGUGGGGUGAGUGUUAGUGAGAGGGAAACAGAAAGUGGGCGAUCAAAACUGUGUGCCAGAGGGCAUUGGAGGCCUGCUGAGGAUUCCAAGCUUAAGGAACUUGUGACUCUUUAUGGCCCUCAGAACUGGAACCUUAUUGCAGAGAAGCUGGAAGGAAGGUCAGGUAAGAGCUGCAGAUUAAGAUGGUUUAACCAGCUGGACCCAAGAAUCAACAGAAGAGCUUUUACUGAGGAGGAGGAAGAAAAACUAAUGCAAGCUCAUAGAAUAUAUGGCAACAAGUGGGCCAUGAUAGCCAGGCUCUUUCCUGGAAGAACUGAUAAUGCUUUGAAGAACCAUUGGCAUGUUAUCAUGGCCAGGAAGUACAGAAAGCAAUCCAGUGCUUAUCGGAGGAAGCUAAACCAAACAGUUUACAGAAGCGUGGACGAAAAUCCAAGCGUCGAUGCAGCCUCGAGGAGUACGAAACCUCCGCCACCUUACGGUGGUCUCAGUCUCCCCAAUGGCGGCCUCAGCGGUGGUAGUUCUAUAUCGGAUUUUUCAUAUGGAACAAGCUAUUAUGGUGGUGUUGGUUAUUAUGGCUCAAAUGGUUCACAAAACUUGAUUAGUUUGGGAGAAGAAGCAAUCACAAGGAAAAAAUUGCUUUCUUAUAAUAAUAGUGGAUUUUGCUCACAACAACAACAAACUCCUUUUAAAUUCUUCUCUGGUCGGAAGAGCAAUGAGGUGAUGGGGAUGAUGAGCCAGAGAAGAUGUCGGGAUGGUUCAGGUGAGGUGGAGGAUCAUUCAUGCGAGGGUACGUACACCCACCAUCCUCCACCAUACAUGAAUAUGAUGGCAAUGCAAGAGUCAAACUUCCCCAGCCUUGUUCAUCAAAGCUACUCAUAUUCUUCAUGUCAAGUUUCCGGCGCCAAACCCUCACUAUCCGCAUCAGCUGCUGACAGAGUUGUUGGCAGCGGCGGCGGCCACCGUGAGAGGAGCAUUCCACCACCGCCAUUCAUUGAUUUUCUUGGGGUAGGAGGCAGAUGAAGUUAGAACCCAAAAAAAAUAAAUAAAUAAACUGAAAAGGGUUGGUUUAUUUUAUUUUAUUUUUUUAUUCACUUGAAUCAUCAGAAAAAAGGGGCUCAACGUGGUUGUGGUCCAAGGAACACUACGAAGCCAAUUACACCCUACCCAACUCUUAGAAUAAAACUCAAAUUUUAGAUUUAA